UCACAUAACUCCCCCACGUGUCACUUCCUCACAAUUCUCCUUCCCUUCUUUUUCUCUCAAGCCCCUCCCGUCUCUCUCUCUCUGCUCCAAAACUUUUUCCGGUGAGUGUUCAAAUUUCUUGUCACGAUUUCGACGGUUUAAUCUUUCAUCGAUCUGAUUCGUUGAAAAGCAAAAGCAAUUGUGAAAGUUUACUUACAUGGAGAAUAUGGAGUCAUCAGAGGAAGAUGAUUUGAACCGACUGGACUCAGUUCUUGAAAUGGGUUCGACUGUGUCGUCGAUAUUUGGAAGUGAUGAUGUUCCAAGCACUACCAGCUCUUUCGAAGGUAUCUCGACGGCUAGUAGUAGUUCUGGUGAAAUUCCGGCGGAUAUAGUGGCGGAGACGGUGGUGCCGAGACUGUUGAAACCACCGGCGUUGGAAAUUUCAGGUGAGAUGGCUCCGAUGAGGUUGAAGUGUGUGGGGAGGAAGAGUAAUAGAGUGUUGUGGGGGUUCACUUCGGUGAUUGGGAGGAGAAGAGAGAUGGAGGAUGCUGUUAGGGUGGUGCCGGGGUUCAUGUCUCGCACGUGCGAUCACGUGGGAGGGUGUACUGCAGCAGGUUCCAUGAGUUCAACUGAGGUCUCGCCGGUACAUUUCUUCGGUGUCUAUGAUGGUCAUGGUGGUUCUCAGGUGGCUAACUUCUGUGCUGAGCGGAUGCAUGAAGUAGUAGCAGAGGAGUGUGAUCGAAAAACAGUAGAUGGUUUUGAAUGGCAACAGAGGUGGGAGGCAGCAUUCUGUAGUAGUUUUGAGAGGGCUGACAAUGAGCUCUUGACGGAGGUAACAGCACCAGAAAUGGUUGGAUCUACUGCUGUUGUAGUGAUUCUAUCUGGUUGCCAGAUCAUUACAUCUAAUUGUGGUGAUUCAAGGGCAGUGCUUUGCAGGGGGACUGAAACUAUACCCUUAACCAUUGAUCAGAAGCCUGAUAGAGAAGAUGAACUUGUGAGGAUUGAAGGACAGGGAGGGAAGGUCAUAAACUGGAAUGGUGCUAGGGUAUUUGGAGUUCUUGCCAUGUCCAGAGCUAUAGGUGACCGGUACUUGAGACCGUGGAUUAUUCCCGUUCCCGAGGUAACUUUCACAACAAGGAGUGAUGAAGAUGAGUGUUUAAUCUUGGCAAGUGAUGGACUUUGGGAUGUCAUGUCGAACAAUGAGGUCGGGGAGGUGGCUCGCCGUGUUCUAAGACGGCAGCGUAGAUCUGUGACACAGAAUGAGAUUCCUGCAGCGCAAGCCGUUGCUGAUAACCUCACUGAAAUAGCUGUUGGGAGGAACAGUUCUGACAACAUUUCUAUUAUUGUUGUUGAUCUAAAACCAAAGAGGAAACGGCUACCGAGGCAAUAGAAGAAGGAAGUAGAUCAUUCAUUCACUCUGCCGAUUAUAUUUCACAAGAAUCCAACUCAGCUUUUGAUUCCAGAGAUGAGGGAAGCAGGUAUGAUCAUUGAAAUGUACAAAGCUGACUGGUUUGUUACUGCUAGAAUACUAGGUCAAGCCUUGAUUUUUUUAAAUUGGUUUGGUCAACACAUUAAAGACUUAGGAGGAUACUGUUCUAUUGAAGUCCCAUAUUAAUGGGAAAAUGAAAAGAAAAGAAUAUUGUCUUCUUUUUCUUUGUUAUAAUGCCAGUGUGUUGACUCUCUGAAUUUUCUAUUGUUGUUGCAUAAUGAAAAAAAGAUGGUUUUUUCAUCUCUCAAGUAAAAUAAGAAGAAAAAAAAAUGAAUUUCAACCCAAUAUGCUUAGUUUUUGUGAUAACUAUAUGAAUUAACUAGCUUAUUGAUUCACAUAGUUCUGGC